GAACAUCUAUAUAGGCCUCCCGGAACACUAUAGGUUUCCGCGGAACACAGUUUGGGAAACACUUAUCUAGAUUUAUAGAUAGGCAAAAUGAUGACAUCCCUUUGCCGCUAGAUGGCCCAACAACGAUGAUUUUAAUGAUGACAACAGCGAUAAUUACUUCCUUCAUCGGAAACAAAAUACAUAAUUUUAGAUUUCAUUCGGUUGUUAUUCUAGAUCUAUAAUAUUAAGUUUUAAAAUGAAGAAAAGUCUGCCCGAAAGUAGCUUAGAUCUAGAUCUAUUAUAUCUAGAUCUAGGCAGAUGACGAUAAUUUACAUUGCGGUUAUGGGAUUACAACUGCAGUGCUAGACAGAGUCAGCUAGAUCACCGUAGUCGUAGAUGAGAUAACUUUCUGUUGUUGACAAAGACAGUAGAUUUGAGUAGAUCUUCUAGAAUAUCUAGUGAGACAUCUUGCUAGUUGAACUGUAACUCAAAAUAUGGAAGCAUCAACCAUGUCCAAUAAGCCUGUUCAUUCCUGUACCUACUGUGGACUGGUAUUGUCCUCAGCCAAUGCUUUGAUGGAACACAAGCGAAUCCACACUGGAGACAGACCUUUUUCAUGUCAUAUAUGCAACAAGAGAUUUACCCAGAAGGCCCACCUCAACAUUCACAAGCGCACACAUACUGGGGAAAAACCCUACGCUUGUCACAUAUGUCAUAAAAGAUUUGCACAGUCGUCCCACCUCAGCAGCCAUAAGCGUAUUCACACAGGUGAAAAGCCAUUUGUAUGUGGCAUUUGUCACAUAGGUUUUACACAGAAACAGAGGCUAGAUGCUCAUCUAAAGAAACAUUUAGAGAGACCUGGUCAGGAAAUUGUUGUGAGGCAGAGGCUUGUUACAAACUCAAGGCUCACUGAACCAUAUAAACAACACUCUGUCCAGUUGGAUGAUAUCAGCUUUAAAAAGAUGUCAGUCAGAAGCACAUCAAGCAUUCCAUCUAACACUGACAGGUCCAGUAUAGUCAAGACUGGAGAUGGCUCAGAAAAACUUUAUCAACACUCACUUGUAAAAACUGAACCACUUGGUGUUUCAGGGGAAUCCAGUGGGGAUGAUGCAGACAGUUUGUCCGACUCAGAGAGGAGCCCCAAGUUAUCAGCACCCAGCUUCUCUUCUCAAGGAUUAUUUCUUCACCCGUCCGGCUAUGUAGCAUACAGUCAAGCAGGAGAUGACUUGACGGAUGCAGAUCCAAGCUUAGUUGUAAGCCCAUCCGUUAACCACAGCCACAGGCGAAAGCCAUCAGUGGUAAGAAAGAGAUGCAGUGAGUCACCUACUAAGGUGUCUGCAGUUAAAACUAGCUCUUCACCUCUUUCCCAGAGGAUUGCACGGGCAGAAAAUGAGUUGAAGGAGGAAGAUCUGAGUGAGAAUGAAACGGAUAAUUUUAGUAGCCCCUGCGAGCUAUUAAAUGAUAAAAAUGACUCUUCCUAUGUUACAAAUAAAUCUUACAAUAAUAGUCCUAUGUCAGCACAUAAGACACAAAAAUCCAUCCGAACUGUCAACACAAGAUCUAGCAACAGAAGAACUAUCAAGGAAGAUAGAAACUUUGAGAUGACUAAUGGUUGUAGUAAUGGUCAGCAUGCUAAUUCCACUGAGCAGACUCUCUCCGAUAUGUCACUAGUCAAAGUUAACAACAGGAUUUCUUUGGUCAACUUUACAGCUGAAGAGUUGGUGGCUCAUAUGAUGAAAAGAGACGAUGUGAACAAAUGUACAUUCUGUUGCCUUAUCUUUCAAGAUGCUGCAAUGUACCACAUCCACCGCAACAUGCACGACAAGUUUGACAUUCGUAAAUGUAAUAUGUGUGGGAAGCUGCUGCAGGAUAAAUAUGAUUUCACUGCACAUUUUCUCAGCACACAUCAAAAUUAAGAUCAACUUUUGGGGUGAACAUAAUUAAAUAUGCAAUUUCUUGUUAAAGAUUAAAUUCUUAAGAAGUUUUUUUUUUAUCAAUACAUUCACUUGCUAUUUCUAAUUAUAUGAUUUUUUUUUUCAUUUUGUUUUUAAUGCUGAACAUCUAUCAUAAUAAUUGAAUGCCUGUGAUACAAAAUGCUAUGCCAAAAUUCCAUUCAUACAAUUUUGUUAACUUCAUUUUUAAAUUUCUGAAUGUGUAUUUUUAAGUUAGUUUUAUUGCAAAUCAUUUUUAAAACACCAAAUAUGCAUAUUUUGUUUCUUUAAACAAAAAAAAUGUUUUUUUACAUAUUGCAAAGGUUUAAAAAUAUAAGUACUCAAGGAUAACUGAUAAGCUGUUAUUUAAUAGUCCUUAUGUUGUUUUUUUAAAGCGUCAUUGUGCUACUAGUCCAAAACAUAUUUUGUUUGGUUGGGAAAAAAUGAUUUCUGUCUUAAUUUCUAAGUCAGGUUGGAAUAAAAUUGUGUUUUGUUUCUAGAUAUGCAAGCAAGAUAAUCUUUCCAUACAUACAUGUUAUAUUUCUACUCAUGUUUGGUCAAUAUAGUCAUUUAUUUAUGCAAUUCUGUUUAUGUUAAGGUAAUGUGUUGCUUUUUUUUUAAAAUAUUUUUACUGUGUUCAUGUUUUAAAAUGAUUUGAUAGAAAACAUUGUGAUGCACAAAAUUAAUCUCUAUACAGCUUGCCCAAGCUCUUCACUAGCUCUUCUCCUUGAAUGCAAAAACUAAUUCAGCCUCCACUUUCCAGCCCCACAUCAAAAGAUAUGUUACCGGCAAAGUGCAAAAUGCAGGCAUUCAGAAUGCAAAGCGCAAAAUAAUUAUCAAUUCCUACUUUGCCUAGGCAUUCUAUUGAAUGACUACAACUGCUUUAGGCAAUGUAUAAAAUGUCGGAAUUAAAUAGAUAUUUAUGGAUAAAUUGUUCACAAAAUAAAAAGAAAUAUGAAAUGAAUAACAGGCAAUCUGAAAAUAUAAAAUAUAUUUAUUAUGUCUUUAUUAAUUAAAGCAACAAAUAAUAUUUUCAAAAGUAAUAAUCAUUAUUUUAAAAAAUAAAAAUUUUUUGAUUAGUUUCUACUAGAUUACAAAUAGAAAUUAAAAGAUUCAUAAGCAUGUCACAAAUCACUGAUAAAUUAAAAAAAAAAGGAAAAUAAAAAUAUUUAAUUUUUCCCUUAGUUGCUACAGUGAAGGCCUAAUGGAAAACUAUAAAUCAAAGAAAACAAAAACAAUUUUUCUUUCCUAGGAGUACAAAGACAUAUUCUGGUAUUUACUCCUUGUUGUAGCAUGAAGGGCUAACAUGGCAUUUUGAAUUACAUUUAAUUUGCUGUUUUAUGCAAAAGCUUCUGUUCUUUUGUCUUAUUGUCUUACUCAUACACCAUGGCUACGUCAAGUAGACUGAACUGUAUCAGCUGAUCAAAGAGGUAUUUCCUUGUCAGGAAUAUUUGCAACAUUGAGCACACUUUCUGACAAAGCUAAACUGUGAUCUUGACAAUGUGAUCAUCAGUGUCUUGGUUUCAUUUUUUCUUGGCCUGAACUUCUAGUUGCAAAUUUGCUUGCCUUUUACAUUCUACCACAUUCCCAAAUGACUUCUGUAUGGGCAUUUUUGUGUUGGAAAGUGCUCCCAGGGAGGUCAAUACAAGCACUACAAAGACAAGUCUCAAGAGCUCCUUCAAGGAGUGCAACAUCGCCAUUCACGGCUGGGAAGCACUAGCUCUCAAUCACUCCUCAUGGCGUGAAGCAGUGAGUCUCGGAGUCUCAAAAUUUGAAGCAAGAAGAGCACCGAAUCAACAAAAAGCUGAGAGAAGAAGCAGGCCUAUCUGCAACUGACCAUACCUACCCAUGCCACGUAUGCGGCCGGCUUUUUAAAGCGAGGAUUGGACUUUACAGUCAUCUUCGAGUCCAUAGUAUAUGAGAAAUGUGCUCAUCUUUGAUCACGAAGGAGGAGCUAUAUAUACCACAUUCUCAAUGUUGAAGCAAAACAUGCAUAAAAUAUCAAUCCCAUAAGCUUCCAUAUUCUCACUGUUAUCACUGUGCAUGAUACAUACUUUCUGCACUUGUGGGUGCCAUUGUUUUCCUUAAAGCAAACACAGUAUGUUAAGAAAAUGAAGGUUCUUAAAAAAUCCAUGUCUUCCAUGCCACUUAGGUCUCCUGAAUGGAUUUAAAGCUUGUUAGUAUCAUGUACAGUAACAACUUUUGUCUUUUAGAAGCUGCAAACUUAUGUUAUGAGUUCAACAUCCUUUACAACCAAUGUUUCUUACUUUACCUAAGAGUAAUACAAUAAUAAUAAAAGUAUUAUUAAUCAUUCUAUAAUAUGCUUAGUUAAAAUAGGAAACCAAGGAUUCAUUUUGUACUUUGCCUGACAUUUUUUAGGUAUUCUAUAGAAUGACGGAUUUCACACUUUGUCUGUAACAUAUACAAUGCAACAUAAACAAAAUAUAUACAAACUGUUUAGGUGAAUUUCUUAUCGCCCAGAAGCAAUCAAUCUUUGGAGAUUUGCAUUAGUUGACAAAUAAUGGAUCUUUCAUCAUUUCUAAAUUAGAAACUGCAAAGAUAAUGUCUGCCAAACUUAGAACUGUCAAUAUAUGUAGUUCCUAGCUUAGCUAAGUCUGCAUGACGUUCCAUGUAACAAUGGUGGUGGUGGUCCUGGUAGAGAUAGCCACCUGAUAUACUACACUCUUCUUAUUCUUCAGACUCAAAAGACAGUUUUAUUACAGUACAAUAGAAAAUGGUUGAAAAUUGCAAAACUAGGGUUAGAUUAUAUUGUAAAAACUAGACUAGCUUUUGAGUAGAAGUAGCGAAAGGUAAACCGAUGUAAACAGAAAACUUUUGGGUGGCUUUAGAGAUACUUGAUGGCAUUCGACGGUUCCCUCCGUUAUUAUUAAACUUCUUUUUUUGAUAUUCAGUAUCAGCGUUAAUUACCUUAUAUUGUUGGCCUUUCAUCUGAAGUUCAUGAUUUGAGCGUUACCUCUGUUUGACUUAUCUGCAUAAUAAACAGCGUUGAAGCGCCUAAAAACUGGCGACUACUAAAUCUGAUCAUUGCAAAGUUAUGACUUUCUUUCUGAGCCAUAUCUUUGAUUUUUUUUUUUAAUAAAAUGAUUCGCAAUUAUGACCUCUUUUUCUGGUUUGCAAAUAUAUUGAGCUUUUUUUUGUUUUCUUACAUUUUCACUACUACUUCUAGCUUAAUGUUCCACAGUUGAAGUAUUUUUAUGAGACAUUUUAAUGUAAUCUUUAAUAAUAUUUUGGUACUUAGACUCUUUAAAGGUCAUGCAUCUUCAUACAAAUGUUUUUUUGGAAUAUAUCUAAAUGUCAUUCACACUGCUUUUGAAGGUAUACACUCCUCUUAUCAAUUGUUUUGAUAGGAGGCUCUAGCUGAUAUUCCUCAAUAGAAAUUGUUAUCAAACACUUUCAUUCGACACAUUGAUAAAUCACACACUAAAAAUGUUUCACUGAAAUAAAAAGUUCCACUUUUUUUUUGUUACCUAUUCAUAUUUCUUGUAUACAAUGCUCUAAUGAAAUUAAAUAUUCAGAAGUAUU